AUGAAGGUUGCCUACUUUUUGUCCGCUCUGGACUUGCUCAUUAUUUUCAGCCUGUACUUGGGUGGGACGUGUAGCAGCUUCGUGAGCACUGUUGCCUGUACAAGACAUGGUCGCAUUUUAGAUGAUGCGGGGGAACAGAGCGGUGGUUCAAACGGUGUUUCCAACGGUGUUUCCAACGGUGGUGCGAGUGGCAAGGAGAAUGGCACCACAAAUGUUACCGCCAACGAUGAUACAACUGACGAUCACAGCCACCACGAGGAGAACAGCGAUAGUGAGACAAGCGAAUCGCCAACGACGGACGCGCAGAAUACCCAUUCAGGUAGCGAAAGCGAAACGGAUGACCACACUGCAGAGGCACCAAGUACACAUUACGGUGAACACGACGGUGAAUAUUACGAAGGCGGAGAUACUGAUGAAUCGUACGAUUUAAGUGAACAUGAGGAAAAUAAAAAAUUUUGUUUGGAAAAUAAUGGUGGAUGUGGAGAUGAUAAAAUAUGUGAAGAUUUAGGGCAGGGGAUAGUGAAGUGUUUGUGUAAACCGGGGUUUAAGUUGGUUGGCACGGAGUGUGUCGAGGCAUCAAAAUCGUCCUCCUUGAAUUCUGUUUUCUGUUGGUUUCUGCUUCUGAUUAUUUUUUUGGCUUCCAUAAAUUACACGAUGGCUAUCGUAAGCGUCGUGUUAGCUAUCCACCUCUUCCUGCUCUGCAGUUACCACUCGGGACAUACCCUCGAGGUUUCCCUCUGGAGACAAGAAAACGCUCACCUGGAGACACAGACCAACAGAUUGUUGAGGGAAAACGGCAAGAACGACCACGUACUCCAGGUCGAAUCGACGCCCAUUUCGGGUAGAGAAGGAAAUAAGGAAAUUGGAAUGAUCAGCAAUUUGCAGCUGCAAAGCGGGGAAGAUGAAGGGAGUUCCCAAUCCCAAAAUAACUCUAAUACGGAAAGGACAAACGAAGAACCUACUGGAGAAAAUAGAGAAGAAGAAGAAGAAAAAGCAAAUGCUGCAGCAGAUAGUGCAAAAGAAGCAAGUACGACAGAAGAAGCGAAAGCAGAAGUAACAAAAGCAGUAGAAGAUGGAAAAAAAGAGGAACAAAAAAUAAAAGAGCUAGCUACAAAAGUAGAAGAUGCGGAAGCACAAAAACCUAAGGAAGAAUCAGAAAAAGCAGUCGAAUCAGCAGGAAAAUCAGAAGAGGAAGGAGAAUCAACUAAGAAAGAAGAAAGUGAAGAAAAAAAGGGAUCUGAGGAAAAAUCGGUCGAUAAUAAGGACGAAAAAACGCCCGAAGGAGGAGACACCGAGGAAAACAAAAAUUUGGAAAGCAAGCAGACAGAUGUAGAAGUGUCGGAACACAAACAAGACGGUGACAGCCCGAAAGAAGACAAGAAUUCGCAAAACGGGGAAAAUAAAAAAGAAGGAAGCUCUAAUAAUAACUCAAACCAGGAGAAUCCAGAGAAUGCUGGUAACGAAGAGAACAAACCUCACUUAGACGGUUUAGACGACGAGGUCCCCCACCCUAGUUCCCUGAGGAACAACCGAAUAGAGGAUGGAGUAACGGACACCAUGAUGCUAAAGGAUAUAAUAGGAGAUAAAACAAAAUCCUGUUCCGUGAACAACGGGGGGUGCUCAGACGACCAAAUAUGCAUACGGAUCAAUAACGUCGGAAUUAAGUGCAUCUGUAAGGAGGGGUAUUCAUUUGGGGGCAAGUGCAUUUUGAGCAGGUCUUCUGCCCUCAGUUCGUUUUUCUCUGCCGGCCUGUUCGUCCUAUUGACUUUGCUCUGGAUGUUUUAA